AUGGCAUGUCAGGAAGAAGCCAAAUCACCAAAUGCAUCUCAACAAGCAUCAUGGUCUUGGCCUGGAGGCCCUUGGAAGCGUAUUCAUAUAGAUUACGCAGGUCCGUAUCUAGGGAAAAUGUUCUUAGUCGUUGUCGACGCCUAUUCCAAGUAUCUUGACAUUGUCCCAAUGUCUAAUGCUACUUCAACUACCACCAUAACAGCUUUACGACAUAUUUUCAGCAAUUUUGGACUACCUGAACACAUUGUUUCAGAUAAUGGUAGCCAAUUUACCAGUGAGGAGUUUCAGAAAUUUCUGAACGAUAACAAUAUUCAACAUACUACAACCGCUCCAGGACAUCCUGCAACGAAUGGAUUGGCAGAAAGGUAUGUGGGAAAUUUUAAAGAUAAACUAAAGAAAAUGGUGGACUCAGGAGAGCCAUUGCAGACAAAAUUAGACCAGUUUUUGCUGACGUACAGAGCUACCCCUACAGGUUUAGGAAAGUCACCAUCAGAGUUGCUAUUAAAAUGAACAGGCAACCACGGAUCCGAUUGAGUGCGUUUAGGGCGAAACAAUCGAAAAAUGAAGUUAAAAUAUUUCAAGAUAGUCUAGAUAAUCAACCAAAGUACAGUCAAAAUCAAGCAGUAUUCGCACGAAAUUUUGGCAAAAGAGCAAGAUGGCUUCCAUGGGUUAUAGUAAAGAUAAUUAGUUCUAGAAAUUAUGACGUGAAAGUGGGGGAUGUUAUGUGGAAACGAUAUGAAGAGCAAUUGCGUCCACGACACAUACCUAGUUUUGAAAACGCGGAACAAGCGAAGUCCGAGAUGGAACAAAAUUUGUUCCCAGAAACGAAGACAGAAACAAACAAAAGAGAAAUGAUUCCUGCACACACGGAGGAUAGGGUACCUGCAGUACCAAGUGGGGUUACGAACGAGUUCGAUACGUUCACCCCAGUUAACACGAAAAGUAAAGAUCGGGACAGUGGAGAACUUACUAGUAAAAUGGACUCACUUAUUAACGUUACACCAAGCGAGUCCACAAGAAUGUAUCCUUUACGCGAGCGUAAACCUCUUAAAAGGUUUACUGAACAGUAA